GUAGUCCCGCAUUGGGUGUGUAGACAUGGCGGCCUCCUUGGUGGAAGGCUGUAGGGUGUCCCUGAACCUGGCCCGGAGCUUCCGAACGGCCAGACCGCGGCUCGCUGCAGUCGCGUCAGAUACCUCCUGUGUCCGCACGGGAUCGAGCCGGCUUCAGAGCACCGGGCCUUCCGAACCCGGUGGGUUCAAGCCACCUCCGAAACCUGUCUUGGAGGACCGGCGCCGAGCCGCGGACGAAAGUACAAGGUUCCUGAGUCCCGAAUUCAUUCCUCCAAGGGGAAGAACAAACCCUCUGAAAUUUCAGCUAGAAAGAAAAGAUAUGCUAGCCAGGAGGAAGGUGCUUCACAUUCCAGAGUUCUAUGUUGGAAGCAUACUGCGUGUCACCUCAGCUGACCGGUAUGCCAGUGGAAAAACCAUCCAGUUCCUGGGGAUUUGCAUCCAGCGGUCAGGAAAAGGGCUUGGAGCUACUUUCACCCUUAGGAACAUUAUUGAAGGACAAGGUGUGGAGAUUUGCUUUGAACUGUAUAAUCCUCGAAUCCACGAGAUCCAAGUGGUGAAGUUGGAGAAGCGGUUGGACGACAGCCUGCUGUAUUUACGAGAUGCCCUCCCCGAGUUCAGCACCUUUGACGUUGACAUGAAGCCGGUCCCACAUGAGUCCUGCCAGGAAGUGCCUGUUAACAAGCUGAAAGUUAAAAUGAAGCCAAAGCCAUGGUCCAAACGCUGGGAACGUCCGAACUUCAACAUUAAAGGAAUCAGAUUUGAUCUUGCUUUAACUGAAGAGCAAAUGAAAGAAGCCCAGAAGUGGAGCCAGCCAUGGCUUGAGUUUGAUAUGAUGAGAGAAUAUGACACUUCAAAAAUUGAAGCUGCAUUGCGGGAAGAAAUAGAAGCAUCAAAGAAGUCUUGAUCUUGGGACUUGUGAGACAGCUCAGCAGGGGCUGCAGGAAUGACUCUGUGGUUAAAUCUCUUCCGAGGACUUGGGUUUGGUUCCUAGCAUCUACAUCAGGUGGCCCACAACCUCCUGAACUCUGGUUCCAGGGGAUCUGAUCCCUCUGGUCUUUGGUGGUCUCUGCAUGUAAGUGGUGUACAUAAAAUUACCCAGGUGUAUAAAUGACCACACAUAUAGAAAGCUUUUUUAAAAAAGGUUUUUUUCUUAAUAAAUUAACAAUGAAUUACAAA